GAGCUCGAUGGAUGAAAGCUAAACCUCUUAGCCGUCGGAACUCCCCAUACGCUGCUUGACUUCUAGAUUGGAGGUUCGGAUGCCAUGAUGAAGAAAUGGAGGUCGAAGAAAAGCCAGAAGAGGCAGGAUGAGGCUGCUUCUGUUGAGGAAGCAAGCAUUCAGCCAGAGGAGGCGGAGGAACAUCAGGAAAAGACAAACUAUAUGGACUUAUUGAAGAGCAUUUUUUGGCCCAAGUCAGUAUGGAACAAAAAAACUAAGAAGAGGCAGAGAGAAGAAGAGCAUCGUCAGGAGCUAAUUACAGAACAAACUCUCUACAAAGCCAUUGAGCAAGGGAAAUUUCUGGAUGCUAUCAAGGAUUUUGACCGGUGUGACCAAGUGGAAGCUGAGAUCAAAGCAGCCCUUUUGAAAUUUAUAAAACAGAAGACGGGGGAAGCAGUGGGAAUGGCCUUCCAAACGGGAGACCAGGAGGGCCUCGAGAAGCCGGAGUCGGGGGCCGGUUUGGUUUUGCAGGGUGCAGAGGGGCACCAGGAGAAACCCGGGAGGGAUGAAGAGUCGGAGGACUCAAUGAGCGAUUCCUCUGACAGCUGCGACUCUGAACUGGAAGGGCUGUUCGGGGCCUACGCUGGCUUGGAGAUUCCGCCAUUCAAACAAGACCCAGACCAGAAGAUGGAUGCGUAUUUGGAGGAACUGAACAACAAGAUCUGGAGAAACCUGAAGGAACAGAGGGAAGAAAACCUUUCUGCCCUCUACCAGAGAUGCUUCCAAGAUGUUCUGCUCUGUCACCUGAAUAAGAUUGUCUGCAGUAACCUUUCCAUUAAAGACCUCUAUCAGAUGCAUAUAUGGGCAUCAUGUAACAUUUAUGGCAAAGGGAAGAAGCAUGACCAGGCGAAGGCCCAGGAAGAGGGCAGCUUGGACGCCAUAAAGUUCUGUUACUUGGUGAUUCAGAUUGAAGAAAGGAUACUAAAACUGCUUCAGGAGGAACUGGACAAGACACUGCAAAAUGCGAUCCACUCUAGCAGGAAAGCACAGGUCGGCCAACUUCCAAGCUCCUUCUGUGAAUGCUAUCAGGUGGUAAAUGAAACAAUAAAGACGACCAAAGUCCUGGGGUAUUCCAUAUACAGCAAGGCCCAAGUCCAGAGCCUGGAAACGUUUUCACGCUUUCUGAAAAGGUUUUGUCAAGAGGUAGAAGGCCUCCUUCAGGAUCAGGCCAAUAAAGAACACUGUCAAGAAUUCGAGAUCUUAAAAAACUGCCAUAUCUUGAGGAAAGCGUGGCUUAAUUUAAAAAAAAAAUACCAUCCCAGUCCCGAGCUGCACUCCACCAUAGUUGAAGACCUGAAGGUUGUUGAAAGAAAGACGAGUCAACAGCUCCAGCGGGGGUUUACAGCCGAACUCCAGAAAACUCUCAAGGAUCAUUUCCAGGCCAGGAAUGGAGACCUCAAGAACGUUUUAAAAUUAAUAAGGGAUUUUUGCAAGCCGAUCCAAGAAACCUCAACCCCCAAGUCACUCAGUAAGACUCUCCUGAAGGACUUCUUCGAAUGGGCUGCCAAAGAGUACCUCCAGGCCCUCUUCUCCCACCUUUUGUCAAAGGAGAGAUACGUUUGCACAACGCCAUUGAAGAUCCCGCCAAAUGUUAUGGCUGACUGGCAGAGUCUGAAGGACCUCUUCCCCCAGGAUUUAGGAAGUUUCGAGUCCCUGGAGACCGCUCCAGAGAAUCCCAAAUAUGACAGGGAAGACCCAGUCCUGGAGACCCUGGAAGUGCUGUUCAUUAAUGACAAAGAAAGCAAGGAAUUGGAGACAUGUGCUCUUUUGGAAAAAUAUCCUUUUUUAAGGUCAAAACUGUUGACCAUCAUCCUGAAAAGGAGAUUUUGUUGGGAUGAAAGUUCCAGCCUCCUCACUUGUACUAUAGAUGAUGGGAUGAAAAUCCAGAAGGGCAGCAGAUUCUGCUGCUGCUGUCCCAAGCUCUGGAGGUCCAAUGACCCAGUCAAAGCUCUCAGCAUGGCGCAGUUGGCAUAAGAGAGUCCUAUGAUGCUGGAAACAGGCACCGUGCCGAGAGAGAAGGCUCCCAGACUCUCCUGGGAAAAUCAACCCAACACGUGUUGUAAGCUCCACUGGGCCUCACGUAAUCCAGAAUCCACAGAAAGCAGUGUAACCUAGUAGAUACAGGAUGCUCC